AUGCAAGGCGAGAGAGGUGCAUCAACUGCCUCGAAAGGAAAAGGAGUAAAUUGCGGAGGCAUAUCGACCAAGAUUGAUUCCAAAACAUCAACCCUAAUGAACUGGUCGCGCAGCGGGAAACCAAAGACUGCCGCGGCAUCAUAUGGAGAGAAAGAUAAAUUGAGGUCAGAAGCUAUAUUGGGAUCAGAAGACCAACUAGGCCUUGAAGAUAUAUUAGGAUCAGGGGAAGACUCGGUCUCCGAAGAGAGAGAAGUAACAAAAUACAACUCAAUUUUGGAAGAAGACGAACCACCUUCGAAACGCCAGAAACAUAGCGCCGCUGCAUCAGGUAAUGAAAAAUCAUCAUCUAGUCCUGGUACCACUCUCACCACACCAAAGAAAAAGAAAACUAGCCCUCCUGAAUCCCCACGAAAAACUACCACACCUAGAGCGAAGAAAACGAACACUCCCAAGCCCCCAAAGAUCGUCACACCCAGAAAAGUAGAGAGAGCAAAACCUCCCAAGGGUGUCAUAAUCAGAACCGAAUACGUCGCAAACCCCGCCGCAAUUUUUAUCCACCCCAUUGAAACUACCCACCAGGACCUGACGGACUUUACACUCGACGGAGAAGGCGAAUUAGUGUAUCAAGGGGAACGAAACAAAGAGGAUGGUUUACUGUACUGGUCCCUGAACCACCGAGUAGUCUCUGAAAAAUAUGACCGUCCCGAAGCGGAAUAUUUCGAACCACCCAAGGAAAAGUUGAAAAAAUGGCGUGCGUAUUGUGCGUUUCGCGGUCUGGAUACUUCUGGCACCAGAGAAGAGAUGCAGGAAAGAUUGAAGGAUUAUUUUGAAUUUGUUGAACUUGUUGAUAACGAUGAAGGUGAUGAGCUUAAUGAGAAUGAUGAACCAGUUACAGAACCGGAACGCCUGAGGAAGAUAAUUGAAGCAGAAAAACAUCGCCCACAAGACCCUUCCUGGCGCAUCCAAAACGAAGCCGAAAAAACUAGAUUAUGGAGUCUCCUCUCCACAGAACAGCAAUUCGAAAAGAACAUCUCGCUCUUCAUCACUGAGAACAUAACUAAUUCCAGAAAUCACGACGUGUGCGUUUUCAAAACACGCCCCAAGUUUACCGUCGCUGAAUGGUUCAAGUUUUUUGAGCGAUAUCGGAUUCUAGAUAUUGGAUUGGUGUUCACUACUCUGCCUGAGUCUCUGACUCUAGGAGAUGAAUCCGUUGAGAUUAAAUAUCAGCGAGGGGAAAUGGUAGCAGUACCUUUCUCCAAAAUCUACUGGGGAGGAACCUGGGUAGCGACAGGUUUUGAAAAAGGGAUGAUACUCGCGAGGACACAGGCACUAGCGAAGCAAAAACUUGAGGAAAUGUGCGACGAGGUCAGAAAAGGUAUAAUUGGGAGAAACAUUACAGAUUACCGAAAUGCGGGAAAACAACUUGCGAAUUCAUCUCAGUCCUCAAUCGCGAGCACCUGGACCGUAAAAGAAGAACAGUAA